AUGAAGUUCACAAUUUUCUUUGCUGGACUUCUUGGAGUCUUCCUAGCUCCUGCCCUUGCUGAUUAUAAUAUCAACAUCAAUGAUGACAACAACAAUGCUGGAAGUGGGCAGCAGUCAGUGAGUGUCAACAAUCAACAUAGAGUGGCCAACGUGGACAACAACAAUGGAUGGGACUCCUGGAAUGUCCUCUGGGAUUAUGAAACUGGCUUCGCUGUAAUUCGACUGUUUGCUAAGAAGCAAUGCAUUGUGCAUAGAAUGAACAAGGGUGCUGUGCCCCCCAUUCAUGCCCUUGAUGCACUGGUCAAGGAAAAGAAGCUUCAGGGUAAAGGACCAGGAGGACAACCUCCCAGGGGCCUGAUGUACUCAAUUAACCCUAACUCAGUCAAUGAUCUGAACAAGUAUGGAAAAUCCAUCGCUAACAUGUGCAAAAAUAUUCCAACAUACACAGCUGAGGAGACUCAAGGGGCAAGCCUGUUCCUUUCCUCAAGAAAGUGCCUCAAUGCUAACAUACUCUGGAUUCUGCAGGUAUCCUUCUGUGGGAGAACACUGGAGAACUAA